AUUGCCCAGAUUAUAUUCUCUUUGCUGUUGCCUUGCAUACCAUAAACCAAAGAGAAUUAUAAUAUAUUAUAUGCCAUAAACAUUGUCAGAAAAAUAAUGAAAUCAACCAAAAUGCAAUAAAAACAUGCAAUUAAAUUAAAUUUUCAGUUAAAUCAAAUAGAAACAUAGUAUCAUUAACUAAAAUGGGUAAGGUGUCAUACUUAACGGACUCCGAGGAAACCGACGACACUUCAAGUUCAGUAGAAAGUAUUAAGAAGAAGAAAAAUUGUCACGAGGCUAUUCAGAGGAUAAAACUACCCACUACUAGUAUAUAUUCAAGGAUAUUGAAGUAUACCAGCGGCAAUGCAAGAAAGAAGAAGUGUAAGUGGCACGCGCGCUCGGAGCCCGAGGACUCUGAGUACAGGAGCGGCAGCGGCGGGCGGGCACGGUACCCUCUGCCCGGGAUACUCAAGCACCAGCGGGACGUAGAGAGUUCCGAAGACGAAGAGGAUAUAGAACCCGAGAUACCUUACCCGCACGAUAGAUGCCUGGUGGGGCGUGUGCCCCGGCCGGCGGGGGCGAAGCCCGGCCGCGGCGGAGGCGUCGCCAUCAUAGUCAGGAGGAAUGUCAGUAGCCGGGUGCCAAGUAUUCAGCAACACAGUUCAACAAGCAGCACUAAGAGGAGAUCCCUGAGACGGCUCAUGAAGAAGAGCUCCGCCAUUCUACGCUCCGCCCCACCGCGCUACAGUGGAUAUUAAACACACCCUAAUAAACUGAUUGAUUCAUAA